UCGCGCGUCGGCUGCCGAAGGAUCGCCAAAAGAGUAGAAGGGAUGCGGUACCAAUAUGGCGGCUCGGUUAAAAGCAAUCCACCGGCGUAACCACUGUCAGUCCGCGACUUGGCACGACGGUAGCGCGUUCGUUCGCAUGAGUAUAAUCGGUGUCGCGAAACAAAAAAAACACACAGCUUCUCUACCCUUUUCUUCCAUAUAAAAUAUACACGUAUAUUUAAGAGAAAGCACUCGAUUUCUAUUUUUAUAUACAGAUAUUUUUGACUCUCUUAAUUUUCGAUAAGUACACGUUUUCAAGAGGAGACUUCGCCGUGAAGUAAUGCUUCUGUAACCGAUCCGCAAUAAGUCGUCGCGAAUCGUAGAACCGUCGUGCCCGGCAAUUGGUUCACGUUCUCGUCUUACCGUGUCUCGAAUUCACUCUCUGGAGCAGCAGAUCGGCGCGAAAUCGCUGGCUGAGAUCAGUUCACGUUCUUGUAGAUAAUUCGAUCGUCGUCAAGUGUCAACGUCUGAGAAGAAACAAACGAGACAACAGAGUGUGUGUUUCCCAUUGUGAAGAGGAAGAGACCGUUACGCGAGAUCGACGUUCUCCAACCUUUUUCUUCGGAACCCGCAAAUCUGGUCUUGGAAAUCUGCGCCCUUGAUUCUGACGUCGCGAGGAUUUCGUGAAGGCGCCCUCAGAGAGGAGAAAAAAAAAAGGAAGAAUCAUGUCGAUUGUAAUGCACUACGUGGACCGGCUCCACGAGAUACUUGACAAACAUGCAGAUCAGAGGACAACGAAUUGGUUCAUGAUGAGUUCCCCGUUUCCCACCCUGUUCAUCUGUCUGACCUACGUGUACGUCGUGAAAGUUCUGGGACCGAAGCUGAUGGAGAACAGGAAGCCCUUUCAGUUGAACAACAUCCUGGUGAUGUACAACCUGUUCCAAAUGGUGUUCUCGGCGUGGCUGUUCUACGAGUUAGGAAUGUCCGGAUGGCUGACUGGCGACUAUUCUCUAAGGUGUCAACCCGUAGACUACAACGAUCAACCCAAAGUAUUAAGGAUGGUGCACGCAUGUUGGUGGUAUUACUUCUCCAAAUUCACGGAAUUCAUGGACACGAUCUUCUUCGUACUGAGAAAGAAGAACAAUCACGUGUCGACGUUGCACGUUAUUCACCACGGUUGCAUGCCAAUGUCAGUGUGGUUCGGCGUUAAAUUUACACCUGGUGGUCACAGUACGUUCUUCGGGCUGCUGAACACGUUCGUCCACAUCGUGAUGUACACGUACUACAUGCUGGCAGCUAUGGGCCCGAAAGUGCAGCCGUACCUCUGGUGGAAGAAGUACCUGACCGUCUUCCAGAUGGUCCAGUUCGUCCUGGUGAUGAUCCACGCGUUCCAGCUGCUUUUCAUCGAAUGCAACUACCCGAAGGCGUUCGUUUGGUGGAUCGGACUGCACGCGACCAUGUUCUUCUUCUUGUUCAACGAGUUCUACCAACAGAGCUACCAAAGCAGGAAACGACCAUUGGCGAACGGCGUCGCAAAGAAGGACCACCAGCAAAGCAGUCAGACGAACGGCUUGACGAACGGAUCCAUCGGCAACUCGUCGUCUGGACGAAGGGACGCCGCCGAUUACUACGUGAAAGGCGACAGCCUAGCGGCGUCGGAGCUCAACCUUCGAAGACCCUACACGACGACCGAAUGACCCGAUCGUUCAACGUCGUUAGACCGUCAUCGAUUCAUCUCAUCCCCCUUGUACCAUCGAUCCUCCGAGUCGCAUCCGGGCUUCGCUCUGUUUGCUCUUCCGGUCCGACGAUCGUUCGCGAUCUCAGCGGGGCAUCGAAACAUCGAAAAAGCCUGUACAGUAAAAUAGUACAAACUGGUUCAGUGUAUUCGUAGAGGGAGAGACAUGGAACGGGAGAAAGGGUGAGUGUAGGACCAGGCAAUCUACCCAAGAUGCGUUCGACCCGGAUUUGUCGCGGCUCGCGGUCACGGAUCCCUGGCUCCCCGACGAUCUAGGUAUCCGUGAACCUCGGCACGCUGAUCGUACACCCGCCACGACCGACGUAGAGCCGACUUUCGCGUCGUCGGGAGCGAGAAACCUUCGCGUCGGCUGGCUGGGUUGGGCAAAAUUGAAUCCGCGAGCUUGAGUACCAAGUAAUCGGUAAUUGUGAUCGACACGUUGACUGGCAGGGUAUGCGGCACACCUGUACACAGUUGGAUAGUCAAAUCAUGUUCGACGCGGUAGAAUCUCGAUUGUUGCACGAGAGCCUCGUUCGUUGCAACGAGUUGACGAUUGAAAGGUAUGGUCACUUGUGAACGAGCGAAGGUGGAGGAGGAAAGUGACCGAUAGGUGUGAUAAUGGAGAUUAGUGGGGCUUCCUCUCAUUGAAUAGAUUACCUCUCUAUAGUUAUAAGCAUUUUCAGCCCCUUUUCCUGCGAUAAUCGAGGCUCUAUCGUAGAAGGCAUAACUUGUUACGAAAGUGAAAGCAAUCUGUAAAAGAAUAACGAGUACAAAAGAAAUUUUCAUUGCCGCCCUGUCGAUGGAUAGCUCUUCUCGCGCGGCUAACCUCUUGCUGCUAAUUGUUCGAAAGAAAGAGAAAAA